GAUGAAGAAUGCGAGUCUUUGCUUCCUGAUGACAACGUUGACGGGCGGGGUCUUUUUGACAAGCUAAGACGCAAAUAUGGCAGCAGGGCCCGCGAGGCCUGGCGUUCCUUAAAGGAUAAGUGGCAAUCAAGGAACCCAGGGCGACCUAUUCCAGAAUAUUUGGAAUUGCAAAACUUGGAUUCCACGGACCUAAGAACUGAAAUGCUAAGGGGGCUUUUAGACGACGUAAGGGAGAAAUUUCCAAAUGUGGACUUGACCCGCCUUAAUUUCCAAACCGGAGAUAAGGGGCAAAUUCAAAUCCAGUAUCAAGGAAGGGAUAAGUGGUAUGAUCUCUACCAAAGGAGAGACUCCGACAGGCUCACCAGUAAUCUCCCAAAAGAAAUCAAAAACGCAUUAGGAAGACCUAAUUUGAUGGAAAGACUAAGAGAAAACGAUGAAAACACCAACGAAGCCUUUGAAAAGUUCAAGACCCUAAUGCAGCGGCAACAAAAGGGCGCUGAGGCGAUGAGGGAAGUCGAAGGAUUAAAGGAAACAAUGGAGGAAAGGGAGGCAGAAUACAUGCGACAAAACC